CCUCCUCCUCCUCCCUUCGGUUUCUCUCAUCCUCUCCCUCCCCCCGGUCCUCUAUGCUCAGUUCGGUGUGUGUAUCCUCUUUUAAAGGGCGCAAGGGUGGGAACAAGUCGUCCAACAAAGCAUGUUACAGCGCAGACAUGACUUGUCCGUCGGAAAGCGAGAAAAUCGUGAUAAACUGCGGGGGGGUGCGGCAUGAGACCUACCGGAGCACCCUAAAAACGUUGCCCGGUACCCGCUUGUCGUGGCUCACCGAGCCGGACGCGUUCAGCAACUUCGACUACGACCCCAAAUUAGACGAGUUCUUCUUCGACCGCCACCCGUCGGUGUUUUCUUUCAUCCUCAACUAUUACCGCACUGGGAAGUUGCACUGUCCCAACGAUGUGUGCGGUCCCCUGUUCGAAGAGGAGCUGGCCUUCUGGGGCAUCGAUGAGACGGACGUGGAGGCUUGUUGCUGGAUGAAUUACCGGCAGCAUCGGGAUGCGGAGGAGGCGCUGGAUAGCUUCGAGACUCCAGAACCGGACGCGCCAGACGACGACCCGGCGCUGGGUGGUGCGGAUGGGGACUUGAAAAGACUGUGCAUGCAAGAGGACGCGAGGAAAGCGGGCUGGUGGAAAACCUGGCAACCCAGAAUAUGGGCACUCUUUGAAGACCCCUAUUCCUCCAAAUAUGCCCGGUAUGUGGCUUUUAUCUCCCUAUUCUUCAUCCUCAUCUCCAUAUCCACGUUCUGCAUGGAGACGCACGAGGCCUUCAACACCAUCCUCAACAAGACAGAGAACGUCACAGUGGGCAACAUGACUCGUGAGGAGAUCGUUUACGAGGUGGUGACUGACAGCUGGCUGACAUAUGUGGAAGGUGUGUGUGUCAUUUGGUUCACCAUUGAGGUCCUGCUUCGAGUCACCUUCUGCCCUGACAAGUUUGAAUUCUUCAAAAGCACCCUCAACAUCAUCGAUUUUGUUGCCAUCCUGCCCUUCUAUCUGGAGGUUGGUCUGAGUGGGCUGUCCUCCAAAGCUGCCAAGGAUGUCCUGGGGUUCCUGCGUGUCGUCCGAUUUGUUCGUAUCCUCCGAAUCUUCAAGCUGACUCGCCACUUCGUAGGUCUCCGUGUCCUUGGCCACACCCUGCGUGCCAGUACCAAUGAAUUCCUCCUGCUCAUCAUCUUCUUAGCUCUUGGUGUCCUCAUCUUUGCCACUAUGAUCUAUUAUGCUGAACGAAUUGGUGCAGACCCAGAUGACCCAACAGCCAGUGCCCAUACCAACUUCAAGAACAUCCCCAUUGGAUUUUGGUGGGCGGUUGUGACCAUGACCACGCUGGGUUAUGGAGAUAUGUACCCGGAGACAUGGUCAGGGAUGCUGGUGGGUGCGCUGUGUGCCUUGGCUGGUGUGCUAACCAUUGCUAUGCCUGUACCUGUCAUUGUCAACAACUUCGGCAUGUACUACUCUCUGGCUAUGGCCAAACAAAAGCUUCCCAAAAAGAAGAACAAACAUAUCCCCCGAGCGCCACAACCAGGGUCCCCCAACUACUGCAAGCCAGAUGCCUUGGCGAUGGCUACUGCAUCACCACAAAGAAUCUUGGGAAAUGUCUUAGGAGGAGUGAUGGGGUCUGGAGGAAUAGGAGGUGACUGUCCUCUUGCCCAAGAAGAAAUUAUAGAGAUCAACAGAGAUUCUAAGCAGAAUGGUGACGCAGCCUCAGCCGCCUUGGCUAAUGAGGACUGCCCCACCAUCGACCAGGUGCUGAGCCCGGAUGAGAGGAGUCCUAUUGGGCGAGGCCCCACUCGGGAACGCUACCAGCAGGACAGAGCCUGCUUCCUUCUUAAUACCAGGGAAUUCCGUGCCACAGAUGGGAAUGUGCGGAAAGAGGCAGCAGCCCUGGCACCCAGCCCAGACUCCCCUCUGACUGAGGAUUGGUAUAAGAUGGAGGGGUCUCUGUUACAGCAGGACCUCAAUGCAAACUCCACAUCUUCCUGGAUCAAACCAUAGGCCAGAGUGUUAAGUUUCUAGCAUUCGCCCUCUCUCUAAUGAAGAGUCCAUAACCGGUAAACACAAAUUUGCGGCGGGAGCCACAUAACGACAGGUGUGACACGGAUGGACAGUUUAAAGGAGAUCUUUGGGGUGACAAGAGAGACCAGAGGUUAAUCAUGAAUUAAAAAAUCAUAUGGUCUGCUCCUCACAUUGUUACCAAAGCAGCCUCUCGGAACUCCAACCACACUUUUUACAGCUGUCUGACUGACCUUUUCUUUUCCUUUCCUUUGGCAAACUGACUGAGCAUUGCACUUACACACUUUUGGGAGAAAAAAGGACCCCUUAGUUCACAUUCCAGAUGACAUCUCUCUGACACUAAUACUCGCCAUCUUGUAUGAAGACCAACUCAGUGCUAUCUACAGUACUGAACAACUGAGCAACUUUGAGUUUCUGAAAAAACAAAACAAACAAACAAAAAAAAACACGUCUUCAACGGGACUGAAUGAACAAUGUAGCAUCUCUGCUAACAUAUUGUAGCAUUUGUUGGCUGGGAAAUAACUUGACUUAACUCAUCAACCGUUCACAGAGAGAGGAAUUUAUGCAUUCAAGGGAUCUUUUAGAUGUCAUUUUCCUCUUGGGUUCCUUUUCCAGUUAAAAGAACAAAAACAAAAAA